GUUCUCUUUUCUCUUUUGACCUUGUUCGCUAUCAUCGAGCUCUCUAUUGCAGCAUGGCUCAUUUCGCGGUACAAUUCGCAUCAUAACUACUUGUCCACCUCCGUCCGCAAUCGCACACGCUACCUCCUAUUCUGCGCGAUUUGGACAACUUUACUCGUGCCCCUAUUCUUGAUGAUGUUCCUUUUAGCAUCUGGUCACUUCCUCUCCAGUGUAGCUAGUCAUGGAAUAUUCCUUUUCAUCACCUGGGCAUUGUGGUUAGCUGGAGCCGCCGCCAUCACGAACGCGUUGGGAGGAAGGCUGAAUUGCAGCCGCCACUUCGUCUAUUGCGGGCAGCUGAACGCCCUCGAGGCGUUCGCGUGGAUUGAAUGGCAAGUGUCUGAUCUAGGUCUCUCGCCGCCGAGUCUAUAA